UAAAUAAAUACUUGAAAAUGGAAUCAUUAAUUAAAGGCACGGGAACAUGUAUUUUAUGUGUUUGACGAAAGGUUUUGCAGGUAUAGAAAUGGGAAGAACCUUGUGAAUGCUCUUACCCCUUAGCUUCUCCUGUGUGUCUGUCAUGUGAAUGAUAUUAAAAGAGAAUUGAAAGGCCACAACGCUCGCUCCCAUUCACGUUCCAUCUAUGAUCAACUACUCCUCGUCAGUCCUUAAAGCCUCACCACAUGCUCCUAGCUAUUUGCGAUCCUCUCUUUUUCUUAAACAACAGCGUACUAACCCCAUGAAAGAUCUCUCCUUUUUCCUCCUCAAGAACUCUGUAGCAUCCAAAAUGAGGAAAGGGAUUAGAAAUAUUUGCAAUGGCGAUGGCUCAACAUCUAUCCUCAAUCAAAAGACUUCUCCGCCUAAUAAUAAUAGUGAUUUCUACAAUCAUACUGCAAGUACUAGCGCCAUUCCUUCUCCAACGUUAGAGGAGAUGAUCCUGCAGUUAGAGUUAGAAGAGGAGAUUUCAAGAAAAGUUAAGCUCGAUCAUGGCAUGAGAGGUGGUAGAAUGUCAUGUGUAAGCAGUUCUGACAUCUUACGAUCUGCAAGAAACGCUGCAUUGAAUCAAUACCCUCGAUUUUCCCUUGAUGGGAGAGAUGCUAUGUAUCGAUCUUCCUUCAGGAAAUCAUCAUCAUCGCCAUCAUCAGGACCAAAUUUGCUGCCACAAACUUUGGCAGGGGAAACAGUGGUUUGGUGCAAGCCUGGAGUGGUAGCCAAGUUGAUGGGUCUAGAGGCGAUACCUGUGCCAAUUAUCCAUUUUAACAGCAGAGAAAGAAAUAGCAAGGAAACGUUGAGCUCCAUUAUUAAGAGGCAAAACCUUAGGAGAAGAGUUCAGAGACAUGAAAUGGAGAGAAGGGUUUCAUCAGCAGAUCAUAUUCGCAUGCACAUCUGUGAUCACCGGGGGAGAGGAAGAGGGAGGAUGGCUUCUUGCUCAAACACGACGGAGCUGCCCAUUGAUGGAGGUGGUUGGCCUACCCGUCGAUUUCGUUGCAAAAACUCUAACCUAAUGAUGCAUAACUAAUUAAGGAUCUCUGACAGAUAUCAUAAAUGUUUAAAUUUUAGUGGAUGUUAAUUAAAAAGAAAUUAUGAGGAACACUUGAGAACAAUGCUUAGAAAGUCAAAAUCUUUUUGUUUUUUCUUUUUUUGAAAAUCAAUGUUUAAUUAUAUGUCUUAAUUGCUUAUUUUCAUAU